AUGUCGAAAAACAUUCGCAUCAUCACGAAGCAAAAACCCAAAAUCUUCUUCAUUCUCUCUCCUCUAUCACUUCCGUCGCCGCUUCAUAUUUCCUUUUUCACUGUUUCAGCAUACCGAUGGUCUGAAAUCCAGCUUCAUAUCAACUAUUAUCAUUGCGUCUUCAUCCGGUUAUCAGGGUUUCUAGUGAUGCGAUUUAGGUCGACUGAGAUAUCAAACUCGGAGAAAGCAGAAUCUGAUUUUUCUCUGGAGAAUCGUGAUGCCGUUGAUGAAAGUAUGGGUUCAUUGAACUGUGGUUUCGAGCCUUUGUUGGAUGGAAUAGUUGAAAAGAGGGCAAAAGAGACCGAACAUAUGGUAUGUGUUGAUAAACCUGCUUAUGAUCUUGAAGUUGUCAUGUGUAAGGUAGAAAAGAGCAUAACCAUGGAGGAUAAAAACGAUAGCAGAGAUGUGGAUGAUACAUUGCUACAUUUGGGUUCAAAGGUGUUGGCUUCUACAGGAAAUAUUAUUAAGUCCCGUGCAGAAAGAGAAAUGGACGAGUGUGUUAAAAUUAAAUGUGUUAAAGUUCCUUUUAAAGAAGGAAAAUAUUUGAUGCCUGUGAAUUCAUAUGAGCUGGAUUGUAGUUUGAAAGAGGAAAUAAAAUCAUCACGUGUGGUAUCAACUGAUACUUGUCAGCCUAAGGUUUUAGCUCCUACUUCACCACAUAAAAAAGCCAUGGAAUAUAAAAAAUGGUCUGCAAAUGUGGAAUUUGGGAGCAAUGUUGAUGCUGUUGCAAAUACCAUUGAUGAGGAUGACAAAGCUAGUAUUGGGAUUAAAAAAGGUAAAAGGGGGAGGAAGAGGAAACCUUUGAAAAGUUCUGAAUGUAAUGGAGAUGUAAGGGAUAAAAAAGAAAAAGUUAAGAAGGGUGGGCCCCACCUAAGUGGUAGGGUGCUGCGGUCAAGGCCUAUGAUGAAGAGUGACAAUGUCAAGGUGGAUGAGAGUGGGCUCUGUGAGAGUCUUGUUGGCUUCAAAAGAAAGAUGGAAGCUGAAUGUUUAGACCAAACUGAGGUCAAAGAAGUCAAUGUAAACAGUCAACUGACUGGUCAACCACGGAAGAAGCAAAAACGUCGUGGAAGACCUCCUAAGGCACAAGGUGAAUCCACAUCAUUACAUGUGACUGAUGACGUGGCGGUUUUCAAGAAAUUAGAACGCAGGGGAAGACCACCUAAAGUGCAGGCAGGGGAGUUGACCAAUUCAACAAAGUCAAAGCUUGUGGUGGGCAAGAAAAACAACAAUCAGUUGAAGGGUAAAAAUGUCAAAAAGAGUCCCAAGAUUCACAAUGGGCAUAAAGAAGAUGGAGUAUUAAACACCACUGGUGACAACAAACAAAAGUUGAAGAAUUCUAAAAAAGACAAUGAUCACACAGGUGGUGAAAAGAGGCGAGAAAUACAGCAGUCAGUGAGAGAUCAAAUAGUUAGUAUUUUAAUGAAGGCAGGAUGGACAGUUGAGCAUAGACCUAGGAAAGAAAGAACAUACAUGGAUGCAGUAUAUGUUGAUCUCAAAGGUGGGACCCACUGGUCUGUUACAAAAGCUUACUAUUCUCUCAAAAAGAGAAUCGAAAAUGGUAAGGCUGAUGAUAAAGAAGUUUCCGCUUUUACCCCUAUACCCGAUGAGAAAAUCAGUGUACUACUAAGGGUUGUUACAAAGGUCAGAAGCGAUAAAGAUAAGCUGAAAAAAAAUAAGAAAAAGAAAAAGAAAAACAAUAGUGACAAGGGUACAAGUGAGGGUGAAAUAGUCAUGAGUGGUGGAAGUGGAAGUGGAAGUGAAGCUCCAGUUAAGAAGAAGCUCAAAGAUGGUAAAAAGAAGAAGCAAACACAUAAAUCUGAUGUAAAAUUGGGUAAUAAAUCAUUAAAAAGGCAGCCAAAAGUAAGUCAGAAAAGUCAACAGAGCAGAAAGCCACGUCUUGUUGCUAGAAUCUCCAGUAAGGGAAAUGAUGAAGAUGAUGAUGGGUGUUUGAUAUACAGUGGGAAACGGAAUCUUCUUUCAUGGAUGAUAGAUUUGGGUGUUGUUAUGCCAGGUGGCAAGUUGCAGUAUGGGGAAGGUAAAAAAAGAAACGGGUUGCUUGAGGGAAAAGUUACCCAUGAUGGGAUUCAUUGCAGUUGCUGUAAUGAAACUGUGGACAUAUCAAGUUUCAUAUCCCAUGGUGGAGGAAAAGGGAAACUCAAUCAGACACUAAAAGAUUUAUAUUUCCAGUCUGGAUCAUCUUUUCUAAAGUGUCUCCUGGAAUCCUGGAGGAAGGAAGAGGAAUCAAAUACCAUCAGAUUUAAUCUUGUUGAUGUUGAAGGAGAUGAUCCUAAUGAUGACACGUGUAAUAUAUGUGGAGAUGGUGGUGAUUUGAUUUGUUGUGAUGGUUGCCCUUCCACAUUCCAUCAAAGCUGCCUUGAUAUCCAAAACUUUCCUUCUGGUGUCUGGCAUUGCCUAUACUGUUGUUGCAAAUUUUGUGGACUUGUUUCUCAAAUGGAUGAUUCUCGAAUGAUCUCAUGCUGCUUGUGUGAGGAAAAAUUUCAUGGGUUGUGUGUACAAGAAGAAGAUGCUUUAAAUCUUGAUUCCAGUGGGCUGUCUUUCUGUGGGAGUAAAUGCCAGGAGCUCUUUGAACAACUAAAAACAUAUCUCGGGGUCAAAUUUGAGCUUGAAGAUGGAUUUUCAUGGACACUGCUUCAGCGUGCUGAUGUCAGCCAAGAUUCUAUACUUGUUGAUGCUCCAGAAAAGAUCAAAUGCAAUUCCAAAUUGGCUGUUGCAUUUUCUGUCAUGGAUGAGUGUUUUGUGCCAAUUAUGGAUGAGAGAAGUGGAGUUAAUAUGAUUCAUGAUGUUGUUUACAAUUGUGGGUCAAACUUCAGGAGGUUGGAUUAUUCUGGAUUCUUUACAGCAGUUUUGGAGAGGGGCGAUGAGUUGAUCUCAGCAGCAUCCAUAAGGAUCCAUGGGAAACGGUUAGCAGAAAUGCCUUUUAUUGGAACUCGCCACAUGUAUAGGCGUCAAGGGAUGUGUCGUCGCCUAUUAGAUGCCAUUGAAUCCGCUCUUAGUUCUCUUGGUGUUGGAGAGCUGGUGAUUCCUGCCAUCCCAGAACUUUAUAAAACAUGGACCACUGUGUUUGGAUUCAAGCCCCUUACAAAACCAAAGAGGCAAACAAUGAAGUCCAUGAGCAUGGUUGUGUUUCCUGGAACAGACAUUCUUCAUAAACCUCUUCUCAACAACCACUUUGCUGAUAUGAAUCUUGGUCCAGCUGGCGAUGGCAAAGGUGUGGGAUGUAUCACUGUGGCAAAUGACGAUAAUGCCCUUCACUCAGAAACCAAACCAUCAAAUACAAUAGAUUAUGUGGUGAAAGAAGCUACACCCUUAAGGCUAAAUCAUCGGUUGACUGUUGUAAAAAUGGAAGCAGAUGAAUCAAGUUGGAAGAUGGUUCUUUUUAGUUCUACCCUGAAGAAGGAAAGAGGAGGCAGAGCCGUCCAUUGGAGUAAAUUAUCGCAGGUGUUGAGAGGAGAAAAAGCUUAA